AUGCAAACUUCUCUUGUUCUUGGUUUUUCGGUUUUUGCAAUUAUGGUGCAAUUUGGUGCAAGUUGUGUUAGUUCGGGUGUUUGUGGCAGCUCAUAUUGUGCUGCUCCACCAGCAAUUUCAUGUUCUGCUUCAUCUUGUCAACCGGGUUAUUCGUGUGGACAAUAUGGAUGUGCUAGAAAUCGAGCAAGAAGUUCGCUAACCAAGAAAGUUGUGAGUUUAUUUUUUUGGAAAAAAUUGUGCUACUCUCAAUCUAAUUGUAAAGCUUAUUGCGAGCUACAAUUUUUUUGGAAAAAAUAUCGAGAAAUAUGAAUUUGGCACCAAAAUUGUUUACUUUGAAUUCCCACAUGCCCCAAAAUAAAAAUAAAUUUUAGGAAGGAAUUUUCAUCGACGAUUCAUCCCACGAACACAAAUCUGCUGAACUUCCAAGACUGAAGCCAACCAAGAAUAAUAUUUUCGGAUUGAGAAGAGAAAAAGUUGGACAAUCUGGAGAAUCUGCUGAACAACAUCAGAAUCUUCAAUAUGCUAAUAACACACAAUACACCGUGAGUUUUCUGAAAAUCAAAAUCCACGAGACCAUGUGUGUUUCACGAUUUUUUUUCCAAAAUUACGGCUUUGGACUUUUUUGGAGCUCAAAUGGGGUUUUAAAAAAUGUUACAGAAUUUAAUUUGAAUUUCCAUUAUGUUUCUAUUAAUAAAAUCAAUAUUUUGAGCUUUUCCCAAUUAUUUUUAGUCAAAGCCUAUUUCUUUUGUUCUAUAUAGAUAUUAUAUCCGGUUCUGCAAUUAUUAUGAUUUUUAUUAUUAUUCUACUAUAUACAGAGAGAGAGAUUGAAUAAUUGUCGAUUUUCACUUUUUGUGUUGGUUGAACUGGAACGGCGAGAAGAACCCAACAAAAAGUAAAACUGAAAAAAAAGUUAUCAAUUUUUUCUAGAAUCCAAAUUUCAUUUUCCGUCAAUGCUGUGAACAAAGAGGACUUCCAGAUGCUUGUUUGAAUAAAUGUCAUUUCAAUGCCUACACAAAGGAUGCGGUGAGUUAUUCUAAAUCUCCUCAAGAAAAAAAUCUCAAAACUGACUUUUAAGCUCCAAGGAAUGUACUUCAAAACUGAUGGUUGUCCUUUGGAAGCUGCUGCUGACAUGCAUUUCUGUGCUGCACAAGGAAGGGAUCAUACACAAUGUUGUGCUAGAAAUGGAGUUGCCACAACUUUAGCCGGUGCAAAGUGUUUGACUUUCUGUGAUCAACGUCCGGAUCGUGUUACCAAAUUGGAUUAUUCAUAUGUUCCAUGUUAUGAUAGAUUUGAGAAUAUGAAACAAUGCUUCUAUAAUGAGAUCAAGACAAAAGCUGAGAAACAAUUUGGAAUUCGUAAAUAA